CGUUUAAACUUGACUAAAGAACUAUUUUAUAACACAGUAACAUCUUAAUUAUAUAUAUCGCUCAAUUACUUAGUUUCUUAUCUGAUCAUUCCAGCAAUCUGUAACUAACUUAAUGAUUUCAUUGAAUCGAAAAUGUAAUUUUGUAAAGCGCUUAGAACAUUUUGGUAUAGGCUCUAUAUAAUUAACAGUUAUUCUACGAAUUCGAGUCGAAUAUGAGCUGAUAGCUCAUAUUCGACGAGAGUGAGUGGAAUAACUGUUUUAUUAUUAUAUACACAAGGUCUGAAUUCACAGAAUUUGCUUUUCGGAUAUUUUCAAUAUUUUUCUAUUUUGUUAAUCUGUUUAUGUUUCUAUCUUCGCUAUUUCGGCCAAGUAUUUUUUCAAAUAUAUAUAUUUUUAACCAUCUUAAAUUUUAAACAUUCAUUUGCUAACAUGUAAACAAUUUGUGGGAGUUUUUUCGUUGUGUUUUUCAUCCUGUAAAGGCCUGAUUCUACGAGCGCUUUUUGUCAGCGAAAUGCGAAAUAUUUCGCCUAUUUCUUUUGAAUUGUGAGCAAUCAAGUAGAAAUAAUUUAUUCGAGUGGUCGCAAUUCAAAAGAAACAGGCGAAAUAUUUCUCAUUUCGCUGACAAAAAGCGCUCGUGGAAUCAGGGCUUAAAGACUAUAAAAAGCGAACAACUUGUCGUUUUCUCAUUCGCAAAAUGUCGGAAAUUCAGUUUAAAAUCCUGCGUUUCUAUAAAUGUCGAAGAAGUGUUGUUGGACAUUUCAGAGUGAAAUAACUUUCAGAACAGCUAUACAGAGCAAUUUUUGAAUUUAACCGACUUAUGGCUCAAUGCGGGCAAAUUUCUGCUAUUGUAAGUCAGUCGUAUACCUUUCUCUUGGCAGAACUAGUUCUAAAGAGGGCAAUUGAACGCAUGCAGAAUUGUGUUUCAAAGUCAUCACAAAGAUGAAGGAUUUGCUCUGGGAUUUUCUUUCAAUUUCACGUUAGGAUUGGGCUUUGAUCUAAAAAAAACGAGUGGAAGUGGGAAUUAGAGAAAUUUAGGUUGGAAAUAGAAUCUAGACUCUCCCCACCACAGGAUCCUCUGAUAUCGCAUGAAAAUAGUUAUGGUUUUAUUUUUUCAAUUCCCAACAUGUUUGAUCUUCUGGAAGAGGUUAUUUCGCUGGCCUCAGAGUGACAAAACGCAGCAAAGCAACGGUUUUACUAACACUAACACUAUUCCAAACACCAACCCUAACCGUAACCCCAACACUAACCCUAACCCUACUCCAAGUUUGUUUCUAAAGCAAUCUUGAAGAAAAAAAAUUUGACGAAAUGUCAUUCUGAGGUCAGCGAAAUAACUUCUUCCUAUCUUUUAUCGUAAACCUCCUACUAUAACCACCCCCCGAAUAUACACCCACCUGUGUAUAAGCCCACCACAUGUACUAACGUUCAUCUUAUUCCAAAUAUAAGCCCCCCCCCGAAUAUAAGCCCACCCGAGUAUAAGCCGCCCCCCCGAAUAUAAGUCCCCCAAUUAAUAUAAGCCCAGUAAUAGCAUAGUUGCCCGGGUUUCUUUUGUUUCAACAGGGACGUUUAAUCACGUAUCGCCCGCUGUAGCGGGCGAUUAGUUCUAAUCGCCCGCUAGAGCGGGCGAUUAGAACUAAUCGCCCGUUACCAAGGGUCACACACCUUUGUCUCCCUGACGACUACGCAUUAGGCAAGUGCCUCACGCACAUAAUCGUGCAAGGAACAGCAACAGUUAGCUCAGAGCCGUCAAUAGUCUAUCAUCCGAGCCCUGAGUUGCCGCAUCAUUUAAAUUACGCACGUGCAGUCUCCAAAUUUAUACUAAUAUAUUUAGCGUGUUUGUUGUGGUACGUUAAAUGAUAGAUUGCGCAUGCGUAACCGAUUAAAGCGUAAAAAGUGCGCAUGUGCAACAAGCUUUUACAUCCCACAAGCAAUGAAGCAAAUGUUUUAGCUUAAAUACGCUGAUUCCAAGUAGGGCAUGUUUGUCCAUUUUUAAAUGGGAGCGAAACUAUGCUAUUACAAACUAAUAGCAUGGCUUUUCGGGAGAUUAGUGAUUAAAUGACCCCUUACCCUCGGCAGGUUUGCGGAAUUCCCGAGGGCUUCGCCCUCGGGAAUUCCGCAAACCUGCCUCGGGUUACGGGGCCAUUUAAUCACUAAUCUCCCUCAAGCCAUGCUAUUACUUAUAAUAAUAUCAUAGUUGCCUCGAAAUCCUUUGUCUCGCGAG